GAUAGGGAAGCAUGCACACUAUCUCUACAGAAGAAUCAAAACUCAUGCAUGUUCAGUUGCUCAAGCACUUGAAUGCAUGAAACCAUGACAAAUAGGCUCUGUCAAGGGAAUGUCCCAAUGAUUCAGCUGCUUCUGCUGCUGUUCCUGUUCCUUGGACCAUUUUGUUCACCUGCACCACGACUCUCGAAAAAGGAAGAAUGCCUCUUAGAAAACAGCAAACUACAGAAGAAGUUGAAAAUGCUUCAAGAUUUAUUCCAGUUAUACGAAUUUCAGUUGAAAGACUUGCUGGGGAACAACUAUCACAGAAGGAAAAGCAAAGUUUUCUCUGCCAGGAAGACGGUACCUCUGGAUAUGUUUUUGCCCACAACUAGUGGAAAUCUCUUAGUCUAUGAUCAAGAUUGUGCAAUGCUGUUUAACAGAGGAAAAAGAGAAAGUGGGUACUAUAGAAUUAAACCACAACAGGACAGAGAACCUUUUCUUGUGUACUGUGAUAUGUCAGAUGGAGGCGGGUGGACGGUAAUUCAACGGCGGUGCAAUGGCAAAGAAAAUUUCUACCGAGAAUGGCUUGAUUACAAAGAAGGUUUUGGGCAAUUACAGGGCAAGGAUGAUGAAUAUUGGCUUGGUAAUGAUAAGAUUUAUGAUCUCCUUUUCAAUGGAGGAAUUUCACUGAAAAUUGAUCUAAUGGACUGGCAAGGAGAGAGGCGAUAUGCAAUUUAUGAUGAUUUCCAGAUCAAGAAUGAGACAAACAAUUACAGGCUGUGGUUUGGCAUUUAUUCUGGGACUGCUGGGAAUGCUUUGUCUGGGGGGAGCAGCUUUGAGAGCCAGUGGUCUGGAUCACUCAACGGCAUGCCCUUCUCUGCUCCUGACCGGGACCAUGACAGGUUCCUAACGGGCAACUGCGCAGAAGAGAACAAAUGUGGCUGGUGGUUUAACAGGUGCCAUGAAGCAAAUCUUAAUGGACGAUAUUACAAGAAAGGGGCAUACUCCGGUCCCUUUGAUAAUGGAGUGGUUUGGUCAACCUGGCGAGGCCUGUGGUAUUCCCUGAAAUAUACAGCUAUGAAAAUCAGGUUCCAGUCCUUUCUGGAUGGAGAGAGUGGAAAUGGUGAAAUCAACUGAGAUUUUUUUUCAGGCA